GGUCGAGAAAGGAAAUAGAAAACGACACACCCAUUUUUUUGCCAUUGCUAUUUAAACCCGUCUGAAAGUGAUUGAAGCCAUCAGUUGUUUAACUCCUCAACAGCAGUCAACAUGAAACUAUUUGUUAUCGCUGCUUUCUUUGCCGUCGCUGCCGCUGUUCCAUCCAGCUACAAGCCGGAAUACAAAGCUCCCAGCUACCCAGCCCCAAGCUACCCUGCACCAAAGUACCCUACUCCUAGCUACCCCGCACCGGCCUACCCCGCACCAGCCUACCCUACUCCCAGUUACAACAAGGAUAACAAAUACGCCGACAUUACCAUCACCAGCCAAUCUGAUGAGCGCAACCUCGAUGGCAGCAGCCAGUGGAACUAUGCCCAGUCAGACUACACCACUCGUGAAGAGUCUCAGGUCCAGAAAAAGAUGCAAGGAGUCACCUACGACUCUUACGGCAAAGAAUCGUACGGUGAAGUCCUAGGCAACACCAACAAAGGAUCCUCUUACUGGGUUUCCCCUGAAGGCCAGAAAUUCACUUUGACCUGGACCGCCGAUGAUGCUGGAUUCCAGCCCAAGGGUGACCACUUGCCCGUCGCGCCCGUCCACGAAUACGAGCUCCCAGUUGCUCCCGUGCACGAGUACGAACUCCCAGUCGCCCCUGCCCUCCCUUAUUCGCGCACUGGACCCGGUUACUAAGUUAAGAACGUUUCUAUGUAAAAUUUGAAUGGAAUGAACCAUGCAAAUCUAACUUAUUGAUGUGAAAUAAAAGCAAAUUAUGUUUUGAA